AUGCACCCCGAGAUUAAGAGAAGAGGAGAGACUUUGGAACUCAAGUGUGUUGGUCCUCGUGCUUUUGGUCUUAUAAAGCAGAAUCGGCCGGGAAAAUUUACUAUUGAAGGAAAGUAUCCCUUGGUUAAGUUUGGGAAUUUUGCUCAAGUAGGUGAUGAUUCUGAUUCUGAUGAUCUUCCAAAUCCCACAGAAACUGAAACUGAGGAUAUUGUCAUCUCGACCUCAGAGCAUGAGCUCGAAGAAAAUCACGUUCCUCCUGUCGCAAUUGUGGCAGAGGAACACGACCAAAUGAAAAAUGUAGAGGUUCGAAGUGAUUAUGAUGCAGAUGAUGAUGAUGAAGAUGAUUUUGAAGAAAAUUUGAUGGACAAUGUGACGGUAAAUGACGAUGAAGAGGCUGAUGAAAAUGACGAAUUUUUUGAUGGGAUGGAUUUGUCUGGUUUUAACAAUGAGGAAAUCCCACUGAAUCUUGAUCUUGAUCAUGACAACAUAGGCCCAAGUUCCGAGUUCCUCGACAGGUUCUUUAUCAAUGUUAAUGAAGUUGCUCAAACAACAACAGAGACUAGGGUUGUUGACGAAGUUCUUGAAACAAUGCCUCCUACAUCAAAACCGAUGGAUGAUAUUUCAAGUCAAAUGGAUGCAACUUCAGGGAUUCCUCCCCUUUUUGGUGUUAUUCCAACAUCUAUGCCAUCAAUGUGUGAUCAGAUACUGACACAAACCUCCCAGCCUUCUGUAAAAAGAAGAUGA